AUGAUGAGUGACGACGAUCGUGAUAUUGAUAUCGAAAGUGAUGCUGAGAAUGAUUCGGACUCGCGUACUCAUGCCAGGAAUAGUGUUGGCGGCAGUGGAUACUACUCCCAGGCGGAAAAACGGGCACACCACAAUGCUUUGGAAAGGAAAAGAAGAGACCACAUAAAAGAUAGUUUCACAUCUCUGAGAGAAGCCGUACCAGCUCUCCAGAAUGAGAAAGUGCUUCAGUCAGUUGAGUCAAGACAUAUGCAGGGUCGUUUUUUCUUCUCAUCCAAUGCUGUAGCAGCAUCUAUUGGAAUAUGUAAAUAA